UUUAACGCACUUUGUUCGUGGUUGGUCGCGCAACGAGCAUUGCUUUUUUAAUAAUUCCCUUGGCGCAAAUCGCGGACGUCGGUCGACGUGACGACGCACCAUAAGGGACGACGACAAACGACGACGGUCUCGAGGAGAGGAAGAUAACGAGUAAUAAUAAUCAUAUCGUCGGCGGUUUUUUUUUCGAACAAGCGAGAAAAAGAGAGCGAGUGAGUGAGUGGCCGAAGAGACCCCACUAAUCACAAAAAGAGGAAAGAAUCAGCCCGUACACACUAUUUUUCAUGUUAUUAAUGAAAAUAGUAUUAAACAUUAAGCAUAAUAAAAAGUACGAAACGGAUCGAUCAAACGACGAGAGAAGUGCAGAAAACAUAAAAUAGGCAGAAACAUAAAUACAUACAUCUCGACUUCUAGAUUACAUACAAUUUGGAAAACUAAUAUUAUAUGCCAUUAAAAAUCUUGGCGAUUCACUUCGGAAUUGUUUUCGAUUAUAUCAUUACGGGCACGGAAGAUAUGUAAUUUGGACACUCGCGCCAAGUUUUCUGGGGAUCAUCGGCUUACCCGGGCGCGACAAUUAGUGACAAUUGUUUUCCCUGGUCGUCGUCGUCGUCGGUGGAGAUCCAGCUGGAGAGGAAGAAAGCUGCCACACUCAAUCGCGCACAUAAUAAUAAUCAUAAUAAUCAAUUGUGUGAUAGCUGCGAUUAGCAGUGAUCGUUUACGAGCGCGACCGGCUCUAGUUUUUUUUCGUGUAUUUGGAGUGUGAAUGUAUGAGUGUGCUAAGCGAUAAUUUUCCCGAUUACGUGAAGACAGUGUCAAAACAGUAAUUAGUUUAAAUUGAAGCGAUAAAUUAGUGAUGUUUAUGUGCAGUUUUUACCUCAUCGUCCGUGUCGGUAGUGGUGCCCUUCGUCUACUAUUAGCCCGGUACUCUACUCGGUCCUAGUUGGGAGGACCGCCGUGGAACUGCCGGAACAGUUGACCACGUGAUUGUGAUUGUGACCUAUCAUUACCGAAAAUUAGGAUUAGUGUAAUUAUUCCUCGGACGGACCCUGUGUUAACUCUUCGCUUUUAUGAAUGAAACCGGCAUCCAUGAAUGAAAAUUGAUUUUAAUUAUAACAACAAACCCGCCUCUCGUCCCCGCGGCCUUAAGUGAGACUCCAGUGAAUUACUCCAUUUGUGGAAGAAUCAAUUAUGAGCCGUCUGCGCCAUUGAGGUGUAUGUAAUGAAGGCUGCUUGUAUCCCAUCACCUAUAAUAGUUGUGUUCCUUAUCAAUUAGUUUCAUUGUGAUACACAUUAAUCAUUCCCAUCCACCGUCGGUAUCUUACUACCAACUGCGAAGAUCAUCCUGUUGACACAUUAGCGCCUCUUUUUGGGUACUCAAAAUCAAAUCAUCACCUUUGCGAAGAAGCGACGGCAGUCAGUGCGUUCAACAAAAAGAGCAGGAACAGAACACAAAAUCUCAGCAGGGAGUAGCCUGAAUCGGAGAACCCCAGGAAGUGUGUGAAAACAUCAACAAAAAUCGGUCGUGAAAAAGAAGAACCAAAAAUACGCAUCAAAGAAAAAAAGAAAUCAAAACGCAACAGGGAUAGAUCGACCCAGCAGUAGUCUGGGUCCGGAUUAGUGAGCGAAAGGAAAGAAUCCGAGAAACACACAUCGUCCGCACCACAAAGGAUUCCUGUUUUGGUUACGCGCGUUCAGUUCCCUCUUGAAAGAAAUUCGAUCAAAUAUCGAGUGAAUAACAGUGUGAUUCGCCAGUGUGGGAGCGGCGUACGAAUUUGUGGUGUUUGAAACACAUUAAACAUCAAGUGCAAUCCGGGAAGAAGUGCCGAAUAUCUAAGCGUGCGUGCGCGCGAUCACGGCGUUCCGAAGUCCACGGAACCUGUGAACCCGCGGUAGGGAAAGUGAGUGAGUGACUAGUGACCGGUACCCUACGGCCGCUUCACCUUUUCCAACGGCAUUACAAUUCAUUUCGAAAAAGUGGCCUCGAUCGGCGGCAACACGCUUAACUUUACGGACCUGGGGAGCCCUUACGAGGGCCCCCCUAGCACACCGCAGUCCGGGAUGGACGCUCCCGACGCGCCGCACACGCCAAAGUACAUCGAUGGCGGCGCGACGGCAGCGACGGCGCCCGGCAAGUCGGCGUUCGUCGAGCUGCAGCAGCACGGGUUAGUGUCUACUUGUGAUUUUAGUUACGGUGGCAUCCGGAGUGGGUACCAGCAUUUCAGUGCGCAGGGCGGGCAGGAUUCCGGUUUUCCGAGUCCGCGAAGUGCACUAGGUUAUCCUUUCCCGCCCAUGCACCAGAAUUCCUAUUCAGGUUAUCAUUUAGGCAGUUAUGCACCUCCCUGCGCUAGUCCACCAAAAGACGAUUUCCUCUCGGACAAAAUCGAAGACACCGGCCUGCGGGUGAACGGUAAAGGCAAGAAAAUGCGAAAACCCCGCACCAUCUACAGUUCCCUACAGCUGCAGCAGCUCAACCGAAGAUUUCAACGAACGCAGUACCUAGCACUACCGGAGCGGGCGGAACUGGCGGCCAGCCUCGGACUAACGCAAACGCAAGUGAAGAUUUGGUUCCAGAACCGACGAUCAAAGUACAAGAAAAUGAUGAAGGCCUCGCAGGCACCGGGCAUCGGGGGAGGACUUCCACUGGGUGCGCCGAACCAAGGUGGUCACAGUCCGUCGCAGCAUCAAAACAUGCACCAAGCACCCGGUGGUGGCUCUAGUAGUGGCUCGCCAUCGCAUUUCCUACCUCCCGGACACAGUCCAACGCCGUCGAGUACGCCGGUCUCGGAAUUGUCACCUGACCCUACUGCCGAUCGAAUUCCAGGCCUCAGUCCGCCCUCGCAAGCACCCUGGGAGCAGAAACCCCCGCCGCACUGGGGCGACCACAAACCACCGCAGAUGGCCCCGCAGACCAACCACGCACCUCCACAGCCGACCCACGCACCCCAGAUGGGCGGCUACGUACCUCAAUACUGGUAUCAGCCGGAAACGAGUUCAUCACUAUUAACCCAGAGGAACAGGGAAGCGAUGUUUGAUGAGUACUACUCCUCUAGGAUACCCAGAUUCGAGUCACAUCAAAGGGUGUGGCCUGCCGUUUAACAAAACGAGAAUGUAAAUUAUAAUUUUAACUAUACCUAGUGUAUAAUAGAGCAAAGUUUAAUUACAAAAAAAAUCAAACACUUUUGAAAGCGAUACAAAAUUUUCAAAACAAAUGGCGCUGCACAGAAGUAACAAAUCGAACAGCGUAGCAAAUCAACAGGGAGCGAAUCGAAAUUCACAAAAAAAUAAAGCUGAACCGUGAUCUGAUUAACAGUAGUGUAUUAAAGUAGUGAAAAUUUGCAAAGUAAACCCAAAACCAUCGACGCGUAGUUCGAUUCGCGACUCGAUUCCGAGACCCGGGGAGCAUGGGAUGAGUGCAAAUACGCGCCCACGCACACACACACGAAGCACACAUUGGCAGUUCCUUUAAUCACAGCAGCAGCAGCAGCACUUUACAUCCGUACGAAAUCAAAAGUGUGAUCGUAGUGAGCGACACGGCGGAGCCGAUCCCCAAACCUGACUCGGAUCGAGAGAGUGCGGACGUGGACGUCAAGCGAUCGAGAGUGAAAGAAAGCUGAGUGAAAUGACAGCUUUGUGCAAUAUUUGUAAGUGUUAAUCGUAAUGUAACUGUUUCGUUUCAUCGUUUUCCUUUUCUGAGCAUGUACUAUGACAAGGUUAUUGAAAAUCUUUCCUUGAGGAACGUGUCGGACGUUUUUGAAUUUACUUAAAACCAGGCUAAAGACGGUUGGUUCUGACCCCGCAAAACAAAUUGAGCAUUCCCUGUUUGCGAACCAGACUGGUGAUUAGAAACAUUCCAAUUUUGUACGUUAGCAUUCCGUUGGCAUUUGUAUUAGACACUUGUAAUUGAUUUAACUACAAUACAUUAAUUUUGCUGCCAUUGUAUCGACAGGAAGCUUUUAACGAAAUAAGCGAAGCGAACAUUUUAUCAAGAAAUCAAAACUGACAACAGCACACAAACAAAACAGUAAGCAACAGCCCAGCAGUGGAGACCCAAGUUUAGAACAUUUAACUAGUAGCAACUUCUGAAGAACAAGUUUUAACCGAUUGCGUAAAAAAACACUGUAAAUAUACAAAAUAAACAUAAUUGGCUUGCAUGAGUGUGUCGUCCAGGGAUGGUUUAUCUCCAAUCUCUAAAACAAUUGAAAAUGAUCAAAAGACAGCGAACCAUUCGAAUUUAGACAGAGUUGAUGAUGACCUGUUACUAUUGUGCGCGAGGAAGACUCUUUCUGUGAGUGCUAAUAAUUGAGUGAGUGAAAACGAAUGAUCAAAAUUUUGCUCUGUAAAAGAAAGUACUAAUAAGCUAGAAGAAACACACGAUAGUGGUGAUGAUUGUGAUUAGCUGGUAAUUAAUUUAACAAAAGAGCGAUGAAGACAUCUAAAGCAAAUUUGUACAUAAACAGAACACAUUUACGAUACAAAAAAUCAAUACAAGGAUAUAAGUAAGUUAAAUAAUUGUAUUAAAAUAUUUAAAGAAAUGAUUUGUGAAUAUGCAAAAAUGCGCUGCUCUGCAGCGAAAUCGAAUAAGACAAAAGGGUCGAGUAAACAUUCAACGCGUUGGGGAAUUGAAUUGAAGUUUGGCACACCAAUAAUCUUGAUUGAAUACAAAGAAUUUAUUAACUAGAAUUGGAUACAGCGUAGGUUUUCUUUCGAUGCUAAAUUGAUUGAACGAAUUGACAAAAAUGAAAAGAACAGUAAUGAGUGUUAGGGCCCACUUCGAUGGGUAGGAUAAUCUCUAUGGAAGUCGUGAAGUAGGUUGCUAAGAAUUGUUUAUUAUUAUUAUUAUAUUGUAAUAAUAUAAUGUAAUGAAAAUUAUAUUAUGAGAAAAAAUCCUGUAACGAUUGUGGAUGUAAAUUGCAAAAUUCGAAAACGGUAUUGAAAUAUUAUUAUAAAAAUUGAAAAAA